AUGCCUAGAGCUCUUGCCAGUGCUUGUGUUGCUUCAAACGCGAGUGCUACGGUCUAUCCGCCAACAUAUGUAACAACAACACCACCGCCGUCCGGUGUAGCACCGGAUACUGCACUUGUACCUAUUCGUCCACUCAGUGCAUCAAUUCGUCUUUGCAACAAUGCUACGUGGGAUCCGAACUUCUCCAUCAUUAGUGGGGCCAAUGGCGCUACGGGAAGGAAUGCAACAAUGUUUUCAAAUCCGUACGAUGUUUUUAUAGACCAAAACAACAUGAUUUACGUUGCUGAUUACGGCAACUAUCGAAUUCAGAAAUUUAAUAGCAGCAGUGCGAUUGGAACAACAGUAGCCAGUACAUCACCAUUUCAACCCACUGUCAUCUAUGUCGAUGGUGCUGAAACUAUCUAUUCUUGUGAAAAUGCUUACGGUGUAAUGCUCUAUGGGCGCGUCCAGAAGUACACACAAGGAAAUAUAUAUGGUAUAACGCUUCUCGGGGGAGCAGGGAAGUGUGGAGCAGCGUUAAAUCAACUUUGUGGAUGUAGCGGUAUAUAUGCCGAUCGUUCGGGUUCGCUUUACAUUUCCGAUUCGGAAAACAAUCGGGUUUUAUUGUACAACACCACAACUGGUUCAAUAGCUUUACUUGCUGGAACAAAUGGUAUCAGUGGGUCUCAACCCGAUCAACUGAGCUAUCCUGGUGGAAUUUAUGUGGAUGAAAAUCAAACGCUGUUUGUUUUAGAUGGGCUUAAUGGGUAA